AUGGCAACUGACAGGCUGCUUCCUCUUAAAAGGACACUGGGUCUAGUGGAAUCAACGUCAUCGAUUUCGAGAAUUUCUAAGGUUCCAAAUGAACUUCGACGUUUGAAAAAAGAAGCAUAUAGCCCUCAAAUUGUCUCCAUUGGUCCUUAUCACCAUGGCAAAGGGAACCUGCCAGAUAUGGAAAAGCACAAACUGCAGUACGUGCUACAUCUUCUUCAUCGAACAACAACACCAGUAGAGACGUUGGAUGAUUGUGGUCAGGCCAUUCAAAAUCUUGUCCAAAGAGUUCGUGGGUGCUAUGCCGAAGAUAUACGUCGUUCUGUUGAAAAUAAGCUUCUCCAAAUACUGGUGGUCGAUGGUUGCUUUAUAUUUGAAAUGUUUUAUAGGCGUGCCUUCCCGCCGGAAACGAACUUGAAUGAUCCCAUUGCCAAUAAUGCUUGGAUGGUCUCCAGUCUGGAGCAUGAUUUGGUGCUACUUGAGAACCAGAUCCCCUUUUUUAUUCUUGUGAAAUUGUAUGACAUCUUCCAGGAGCGUCUCAAUAUACCUCCAGAGCACUCACUCACUUCACUCGCUCUUUCAUUCUUUCACCUAGAAAUGGAUGAUAUGCAGAAAGGGAUGUCCACGGAACCAAACCAUUUACUCGAUCUCUUACACAAAGUUUGGCUCCCCAGAUCUGACAUGGGCCAAAGCGGCAGCGAAACUCGGGGGUUCGAUCGUUGUGCUUCAGAACUCAUAGAAGCUGGAAUUCAGUUCGAAAAGAAUGAAAGCCGCCAUUUAUUGGACAUAGAGUUCGAUCCCAAUGAUGGAGUGAUCAAAAUCCCACCAUUGUCCAUUGACGCAGCAGAGUCGCUCUUGAGAAACUUCAUCGCCCUGGAGCAAUGCGAUAUUAGCACUAGAACCUUUCACAUUUCAUCAUAUGCACUCAUGAUGAGAAGUCUCAUCCGUUCCUCAGUGGACGUUAAACUGCUUCAACAGAAAGGGAUCAUAAUUUCCGAUUUGGAGCUGGGUGGAAGUGAUUGGAUUGCCAUUGACGGUGUCUGCAAGAAUGUCGUUUUUAGCGAACGCUUCUUUUUCAAUAAGCUGUGCACUGACGUGAGAGAAUACCGUGCAUCCAGGUUUCACUGGCAGAGACAGAAAGCAAUCUGGACAGUCAGCUGCCACAGAUAUUUAGCAGAGCUGAAACGUGAUUAUUUCUCAAAUCCAUGGAAAAUUAUAGCUUUUCUAGCUGCUCUGGCGCUUCUCAUUCUCACCGGAUUAGGGACCGGUUAUACUGUCCGUUCAUAUUAUAAUGGAAGUUCCGAAUUAGAAAAUGUAUUAUAG